AUGCAUAUCCAAUCGAUUCCGAUGUGGACCGGGAAGGGCAACAACUAUGCCUACCUUGUCACCGACGAGCCCACCAAGCAGUCGGUCAUCAUCGACCCGGCCAACCCGCCCGAGGUGACCCCCGAACUAGAAUCGCAGAUCCAAGCCGGCAAGAUCGACCUCACGGCCAUCGUCAACACUCACCACCACUGGGACCACGCCGGCGGCAACAACGAGCUGCUCAAAACCUUCGGCAAGCUGCCCGUCAUCGGCGGCAAGGACUGCCAGUCCGUGACGCAGACGCCCGCGCACGGCGAGACCUUCCGGAUCGGCGAGCGCAUCGCCGUCACGGCCCUGCACACGCCCUGCCACACGCAGGACAGCAUUUGCUAUUUCAUGCAGGAUGGGGACCAGAAGGUGGUGUUUACGGGGGACACGUUGUUUAUUGGGGGAUGUGGUCGGUUCUUCGAGGGUACGGCUCCGGAGAUGCACAAGGCGUUGAAUGAGACGCUGGCGGCUUUGCCGGAUGAUACGAAGGUUUAUCCGGGACACGAAUAUACCAAGGCCAACGUCAAGUUCUGUCUGGCGGUGUCGCAGUCCGAGCCUAUCAAGAGGCUGGAGGCGUUUGCGGAGGCGAAUCAGGAGACGCAGGGGAAGUUUACGAUUGGGGAUGAGAAGCUUCACAAUGUGUUCAUGCGCGUCAAUGACCCGGAGAUCCAGCAGAAGACUGGAAAGACGGACCCGGUUGAGGUGAUGGCGGCGUUGCGAGAGAUGAAGAAUGCCAUGUAG